CGUGAGGGGAGACACACGAGUAGCUCCGCCGUGCCUCGCCCGCUCGCUGGCUUCCUCGCACUGCCAUCACUACCGCGCCCGCGCUACCUGACACUAGUGACUUUAUCUAUCUACCUACCUAGGUGCUCAUGGAUUGUUUUUAAUCGUAUGUACAAGAAAAGUACCAGUGUGACAUUAUUGACAACAUGGUGAGGUGUGUGUGAUAGACUGGUGCCCCACGGAGUCUACCCUCAAGGAUUACCUAACUCUGGAGUGAGGAGCGCCUGCCGUCCCGCCUCAUGCUGCAGCAGUCACCCAUCGCUGACCACUUCCCCGCCCGCUCCCCCACCAUGUCUGCUGAGUGUGAGGCUGUUCCACCUCAGUCGCUCGCUGCUAAUCCCAUGCCCACCGCCUCGCCCAUGACCACCGCUGCCAAGCCCACAGAACGGCACGGCUCCGCGGGCAUCAGCUACGAGGGGCGUGUCUCUCUUAUCCCGCCGCUGGCCGGCUACGAGGCUACAAUGCGUGCAGCCAUGGAGAUGGACCGUACACACACCAGGGACCACCAAAUGCCUAUGGACACGGCACAUGUCCACAACGAACGCCACUACGGCACCGUGCAAAUGCAGCAAGACCUCCGCCGCUUGUACGAGCAACGGGCGAGGAUGCACGAGGUCAGUCAACUGUAUUCACACCGUGAGGAACAAUUAAGACAAGCUUAUCCUCAAUCUCAGGAGACUUGUACACUUAAAGAGGAGCCCAUUAACACCUCCAGUGAGCAAGAAAAUGAUGCCAACGACAUCCAAAUGCAUGACAGUACUCACCUCUUUCCUCAGUCUCACCAAUCAUCUGGAGAAAGCAGUUACACCUCGGCUGACCAGUCUCCAAAACCAGGCCAGUCUCAGGAGGUGACCAUCAAGGAAGAGCCUCAGCAGAUAGAUGAACAGCAGGCAGAGGCUCCGGAGCGUGAGAAGGACCACGCUCACAACGAGUCCGAUACAGUGCUACGCUUUGCGAGACCCGAACAUCAAGCUGAAUCAACGAGAUCACCAAUUGAGAAGGCUGGAGAAUCACCAGACCUGCCCACAGACUCUGCGAGAACUCAGUCCACCGAAGAGCAGCAGCAGUCUUUCCGUGCAUAUGAUCCAUCUUUCAAAAACAAUGAUAGCAUAGAAAGAAUGUCUCCUUUUGAUGAGAAUUAUCAUGGUAGUGAGGAACACAUGCCAUCCAGUGUAGAACCCGAUGGUGAGGACACUAUGGACUCCUCCAUGAACCCUAACGAAGGUGACAUGGACCAUCUCUCCCGCCUACAACACGCUAUGCAACUGUCCGGUGUCAUGUCAGAUAAAGACGGCGACUCAGGAGAUAAGCCUCAGGUGUUCCAGUGCCACAUCUGUUCAUACUCUGGAACUUCUCGCUUUCAUUUCAACACUCACCUAAACACUCACUAUGAUCACAAGUGUAUGAAGUGUGAGUUCACAACCCACGCCGAGGCCAAGCUGAGAGACCACAUGCUGGACGCUCACGGAAUCAGCCUGGACGCCAACGAGGAUCUGGAGAGUAUACGUGUGCCUCGGGUGAACGCACAGGGCAAAGUGAAAACUUUCAAGUGCAAACAGUGUGAGUAUGUGGCUAUAACCAAAAGUGACUUCUGGGAGCAUGCACGCUCGCACAUAAAGAGCGAGAAACUUCUUACCUGUCCAAAAUGUCCUUUUGUGACAGAAUAUAAACAUCACUUGGAAUAUCACCUAAGGAACCAUUUUGGAUCAAAACCUUUCAAAUGUAAUAAGUGCAAUUACUCUUGUGUAAACAAAUCAAUGCUGAACUCGCACAUGAAAUCUCAUAGUAAUAUAUAUCAGUAUCGGUGUUCAGACUGUACCUAUGCCACUAAGUACUGUCAUUCCCUUAAACUUCACCUACGCAAGUAUGGCCACAACCCUGCCAUGGUGCUUAACCCAGAUGGAACUCCCAACCCGAUUCCUAUUAUUGAUGUGUAUGGAACACGGAGGGGACCAAAACUGAAGAAAGAUGACAAAGGAAUGCCAAUUCUCCCGCCUCAUUAUCAAAUUCAAGCUCAAAUCCUAAAGGCACAGAUGCAUGCAUCUGGAAAGAUUGCUCCGUCACCCUCCUCGCCCCUUGACAGCCCACAACCCCCGAACCCGAGGCAACCAACACCUCUCCCGCCAACAUCACAGACCGGGCCUCCUCACUCACCAUUCCCAAUACCUUACCCAGGUAUGAUGGAAAACUUCCAAAACUCUUCGCCCAUCCUGUCUCGCGCUCUGAAAUCCUCGGAAGAACCUCGGGAACAACUGCGAGAACUCUUACGUGAGAGAGAACGCACUGCACAUAUAAAUCCCUUGUCACCAAAGGAUGUCUUACGGUGCUCUCUCUGUGAUUUUGUCACAGAUCGUCGAGAUAUGUUUUCUCAGCAUAUGAUGAUUAUUCAUGCAACUGCUGAACGUCGAGAAGACAGUGAUGACACACCUCGUUCUCCACAACCCAUUGAACGUUCAAGUACUCCAGAGCAUCGUUCCAUCUCUCCAGUGCGCCCUCCCAUCUUUCAACAUCAACCACCACCACUCACACCCAAUGAGACAGGUCCACUGUACUCACCAUUAGCAGCAGCUCAUAAUCUGAAAGAAUAUCUGACCUGUGCCAUGAACCCCUUCUUUUACCAACGUAUGAUGAGUGGACAGAUUCACCCAGCAUUUGGCUUGCAGCAACACCUGCAGCGCUUUACUCACCCAGUACUGCAGGGACCACGACCCAUCCAACCAGAGGAAGACCACCGUCAGCCCUCGCCUCAAAUUUCCCUUCACCAGACUCUCUUGCCCAACACUGAUGGUGUCCUGGACUUAAGUAAGGAACAAACACCGCUUCAGCAGCUUGCCAUGGCCACAGAACACACGCCACCUCAACCAAUAAGAGACACCAGCAAAGAACCACCGCCAAUCCAACAAAGGACAGAGUCUCGAGCAUCUCUUUCUCCAAACCAUUCAUCUCCUCAGUCAUCAUCACCGCCUCGCUCCGAGACAUCAACGCCACCCUCAAAAAAUCGUCGAAAGGGUCGUGCUUUCAAGUUGGAGCGUAUUGCCCUACGUCUGAGUGAAAGUGCUGAGGGUGAGAGCAGCGGUCACGAUGAAGACAUGCGACGUGAGGAUGAUGAGAGCCAACCCAAGGCAUCUGAGAACCGUAUGCCACCACUCAUGCCCAUGGAGCAGCUUGAUGACCCGCCUGAGGGUCAGGAAGCCUGGCAGAGUGCCCAUCAGUGUCAGUUUUGUGACAUGGCUUUCAAGGAUGUUGUUAUGUACACUAUGCACAUGGGCUACCAUGGUUAUCGCAACCCUUUCACCUGCAACAUGUGCGGUCAUCAGGCCACAGAUAAAGUGGCCUUUUUCCUCCACAUUGCUCGUUCUUCACACUCGUGAGCUGCAAUGCUCCCGCAUACACACCUAACACUUAAAUUUAAUAAUCUCACUCAUGAUGUGAGAUGUGAUCUCAAUGAAGAAUCGUUGAUCUCGCUGGCUGGUGCUGGGCUCAUAAGUCAGUGAGCACUGCUAGAGCCCGGAUAACCAGCUGCUACUGCUGCAUGUGUGCUACCCUGGUGCAGGUGGCACACCAACUCAACCCAGUUCCCUCUCAUGGGUGCUUAUAGGCUAAUGGUCGUGGUUCACUGAACUGCAGUAACACGUAGGCUCUAGUCAGCUGUAGAACUUGUACUGUAUAUAUGAGAGUUUAUUCAGUGUAAAUUCAUAUUUCAUGUGAUAACUUCAAUCAGAAAUGAUCGUUACAGAAUUUCAUUUGUGAAAUGGAUCAUUUAAGUAAAUUUUAUCUUUAAACUUAAAAAUUUUAAUUCAGAAAAGUUAAAUUCAGUAACUAAUAUUUAGUCUGAUUCUAUUGAACAUUUUGUCACAGUAUUAGUUUGGACUUAUGCGGGUAUUAGUUUGUAGUGAUUUAAGUUUAAAUUGUGCAGUGAUAAUUUGUUCCAGAAAUCCAUUAGGUCCCCUUCUCCACCAUAUAUUAAGUUAAGAAGGAUGAUUAUAAUGGAUCUUGUAAGGCUGUCUGUCUCUUGAUGCUGUCCACUGUAGAUGUAACUUUGAAGAGUCUAGAUAUAUCCACUUGACACCGCUGACGUCUUCAGAGACGGAACACAGCUCUUGAUGGUGUACUGUACUUGCGUGUGAUGGACUCCAGCUAUGUACAUGUAAGCGUAACACCCAUAGAGUCAUAUUAAUAUUAUAUUUUAAAAAUUAUAUAUUAUCUGUAUAAUAUUGGGUCAGUAACACUUAAAGAUACCUUUAAGUGUUACUGCAAUUAAUAAUACUGUAAUAAUAAUGAUACUGUAUAAAAAUUGUCAACAGCGCCCAGUUAAUUUUUUUUAAUGCUAGAUAUUAUGAAGACGUUCCUUUUCGUAACUUUGUACUCAGGGAUAAAACGAGUGAGAGACGGGGCCCUCAUAACAUAUCUUGUGGGCGUGUCUGCCACAACACUCUUACCAGAACGCUUGUAUCCCAAAUCCUAUAGCCACCUCACACUCUCUAAUAAACUGUUCUCUUUGCAUUUAUCCAAAAGCCACAUUUUCAAAUGAAGGCUAUUAUUAACACAGCGAUAAUAUAGUCGCAAACACGACGAGUAAAAUUAAAGACUUAAUUUUCAAGUAAAACAAUGAAUGGGAUAACAAAAGAUGAAAUCAUAACUACCAUCUUCACAUGUAACACUGAGAGUAUGCCACCAGCGACUGAGGUAGGUGGCUAGCCACCAAGUGUCAGUAUCUUCCUUAGCGAGUGGGACCCUGGCCACGCAGUGUGAGUAGACUGGCCGUAACCCUGGCCACUUACCCAAAGCACUGGCAUCAAUUUGGUUACUUGUAGUCGAGGAUGAGAGAUUCACUUAGAAAAAUGUAUAAUAGUAGCCAUGAGCACAUUUCAAUUUUCGUGUACAGGGACUAAUAUGUUCCUUCCAGUGUUCUCCGUGUCCCGGGGCAGUGGCUUUAUAUGUGUAGUCUGUGGUCAUGUAGGGUUUGCCUUGUGUUCAGGUACAAUGUCAUAUCAAAUAUUAAAUCAAUU